AUGUUGACUAUUUUUUACGAAUGUUGUAAAAGUUCAUUAAAUACCUCUCGUAAAUAUUUAGAAAAAUUUCCAGAACGAAGACAACCUUCACGGGCUACAUUUAUCAACAUUGAAAAAACAUUGCGUCAAACAGGUAGCUUUCCAAAUGGCUGUAGGUUGAAAAAACAUUACACUGCUGCAGAUGAUUCUCAUAAUGUUGAUGUUUUAGCUGCAUUUUGUACCACACCACAUGCAUCAAUAAGAUCCAUAGCUCGGCAAACAGAUAUCAGUAAAUCAACUGUACAUCGGAUAUUAAAAAACAAUUUAUAUCACCCGUUCAAAUUGCAUUGCGUUCAAGGGUUGAAACCGUCGGAUCCAGAAAGAAGACUCCAAUUCAUAUCAUUAAUAGUUAGCUUAUAUGACCAGGAUAAAAAUAUUUUGAACAAAAUAUUGUGGACUGACGAAAGUUGUUUCAAUAAUAACGGCAUGGUAAAUCGCCAUAAUGCACAUUAUUGGAAUGAUUCAAAUCCAUUUUGGACAAGAGAAACAAAGUCCCAAGUUCGAUGGUCCACAAAUGUAUGGUGUGGUACAUUAAAUAAUACAUUAAUUGGUCCUUACUUUUAUGAAGGAACAUUAACUGGUCAGCGUUAUUUGGAUUUUCUGGAAAACAUUUUGCCAUCAUUGCAGGAAAAUGUCCCUCUUUAUAUUCGGGAAUCUAUGUGGUUACAGCAAGAUGGUACCCCUCCACAUAAUGCUAAUGUGGUUAGAAAUUAUUUGAACCAUAGUUUUCCGUUGCGAUGGACAGGAACAAACGGUCCUGUGAAAUGGCCACCACGUUCUCCAGAUCUUACUCCAUUGGAUUUUUUUUUAUGA